AUGUUCCGGUUCAUGCAGAAGCGCAUCCACGAGCACCUGGCGGAGCGUAGGGUCCGCCGCAGCCGCCUGGUGGCCAAGGACGGCCGCUGCAACAUCGAGUUCGGCAACGUGGAGUACCACAGCCACUUCGCCUUCCUGCAGGACUUCUGGACCACCUUCGUGGAGAUCCGCUGGCGCUUCAUGAUCGUCCUCUUCGUGGCGUCCUUCACCGGGAGCUGGUUCAUCUUCGGCCUGCUCUGGUACUGGAUCGCCAAGAGGAACGGGGACCUGGCGGGCCAGAGCCACCCCAAGGGCCACGUGCCCUGCGUCAGCAACGUCAACGGGCUCACCACCGCCUUCCUCUACUCCCUGGAGACGCAGACCACCAUCGGCUACGGCGGGAGGGCCGUCACGGGCCAGUGCGCCGGGGCGGUGGCCCUCAUCGUGGUCCAGUCGCUCAUCGGCGCCAUCAUCAACUGCUUCAUGUGCGGCGUCAUCCUGGCCAAGAUCUCCCUCCCCAAGAAGAGGGCCAAGACGGUGACCUUCAGCGAGACGGCGGUCAUCUGCCCGCAGAAGGGCGGGCUGUGCCUGCAGAUCCGCGUGGCCAACAUGCGCAAAACCCUGCUGAUCGGCAGCCAGAUCUACGGCAAGCUGCUGAGGACAACCAUCACGCCCGAGGGCGAGACCAUCAUCAUGGACCAGGUGGGCAUCGACUUUGUGGUGGACGCCGGCAAGGACAACCUCUUCUUCAUCUGCCCUCUCACGCUCUGCCACGUCAUCGACAAGUCCAGCCCCUUCUUCACCAUGGCCGCCGACACCCUCCACCUGCAGGAGUUCGAGCUGGUGGUCUUCCUCGACGGCACGGCCGAGUCAACCAGCUCCGCCUGCCAGGUCCGCACCUCCUUCAUCCCCCAGGAGGUCCAGUGGGGCUACAGCUUCCUGCCCAUCAUCUCCCGCACCAAGGGCGGAAAGUACCGGGUGGACUUCUCCAACUUCUCCAGGACCGUGCCCGUUCCCACCCCGCACUGCGCCCUCUGUUUCCACGACGAGGGGCACCACCGGCCGCAACUCCCACCCCACGCCCAAGCCCACGCCCCCCAGGAAAAGAGGGGCAUCGACAACGAGGGCUUCGAGGUGAUCGACAUCGACGUCGACGACACAGUGCAUCAAACGAUGAUGUGA